AGGCUCCUCGCAGACCAGAAGAAACAGGUCGACGCAAUCAAAAAGGCUACCAAUUACGACUCUACUCGGAAGCUCAUUGAGCAAUACGACCUGCAAAAUGGCUCGGGGCCGAUGCCGAUCGGAUCGCCUAUGAACAGCUCUCCAUCUACUCCUUCGCGAAGGCAGCCGGAGACACCGACACCGGCGGGACGAUCAGGAAAGGGUCAGCAAGCUGUGCUCCCGCCGGGGACGCCGCGAGCUCCUGGUCAUCUUGUUGGAGCUGGAGGGACCCCAAUGCAGCUGGCUGGCAUGAGCCCCGAGCAAGCCGCUAUAAUCCAGAUGCAACAGGCCCAGGCUGUUCACCCCGUACUCCCGACACCAGAAAAGCGGUGGUACGACCGGGUUGUCGACUCGGUCCUAGGAGAAGACCCAUCACAGGCCACUCAGAGCAAGUACGCGCUAGUCUGCGGCGAGUGCUUCAGGCACAACGGAUUGGUUGGAAGCAAGUACGAGUGGGAAAGAAUGCAAUGGCUAUGUCCAAGAUGUAACCACAUGAACCCCCCUCCACUCUCCCGCAACGCAGCCGGUAGUCUCGCUUCCGGUCCCGCUCAGUCCGCACCAUCCGCAAUCAUCCCUCAGGCCUCUUCCACUCCGUCUCAGCUAGCCCGUCAAGCUGCAUCGCCCCGACUGCGUCGACAGCCUACAUCAGAGGCGGCGACCCCUCGAUCCUCAAGAUUACGGCAGGAGGUAUUUUCGGCGGAAAGUCCGGACGGGGGCGAGAACGAGCGGGACAUGGAGGUGGAUGAUAAGUAA